AUCGGCGCCGCAUACGGUACCGCAAAGUCUGGAAUCGGCAUCGCUGGUGUCGGAACAUUCAGACCCGACCUCAUCAUGAAGGCAUGCUGCCCCGACUGUCUGAUUCCCGUCGUCAUGUCCGGUAUCAUUGCCGUCUACUCCCUCGUCAUAUCCGUCCUCAUCGCCCAAGAUUUGACCCCUCCCGGCGCUGGAAGCAACUACAGCUUGUUCAACGGCUUUAUGCACCUUGCCUGCGGCCUGUCGGUCGGCCUCACCGGCCUCGCGGCUGGCUACACGAUCGGCAUCGUCGGCGAUAAGGGUGUGCGCUCGUACAUGGAGCAAUCGCGUAUCUUUGUCGGCAUGGUUCUGAUUCUCAUUUUUGGCGAGGUCUUGGGUCUCUACGGUCUCAUUGUCGCCCUUAUUCUGAACACCAAGUCC